CCUUCUCCCAUCUUCUCCACCUCUCUUGCUCUCUCGCCCUCUUCACCAAGAAAGAAAACAGGCGCACGCCUCGCCUCGCCUCGCCGCCGGCGGCCACCGUCUCCGCCGCCUCCUGCCCCCAACCCAGGAACCCCCGGCGAGAGAGCUCGAUGGACCAGGCGGGGUCGAUGGAGGAGCGGGUCAUCACCGAGCGGAUCCGGCGGAAGCUGGAGGAGGUGAACGCCGCCGCGCAGAAGCACCUCGCCGGCGUCCAGGACCACGUCAACUUCACCAUGCAGCAAGCGUACUUCAAGUGUGCGUAUGAAUGCUUUGAUCGCCGAAGAAGUCAAGAAGGGAUCAACAAUUGUGUUGAGAACUGCAGCGUGCCUGUCCUUACUGCCAACAAUGUUGUUGAGACUGAGAUGGCUAAAUUCCAGGAGCGGCUGAAUCGAUCUUUGAUGGUGUGCCAAGAUAAAUUUGAAGCAGCAAAGCUCCAGAAGAUGAAAACACAUGCGACUGAGGAGCUAGAAGCAUGCGUAAACAGAUCUAUUGAUGACAGUAUCAGGGUCCUGCCCCAUCUGGUUGAUCAGAUCAAGUCCACCCUCUCCAUGAAUUAGAGAGAUCAGAAGAAGUUCAGAACUAAACAGUAGAAUCUUCCUCGUAAACUAUUUCAGCUUUUACAAAAAGCAUUUUCACUAAUUUUGGCACCAAGAUCGUUGGCCAAAUUACUGCCCUUUGUUAACAUGAGUAUGACAUAUGAGCGGCAUAUCGUAUUUUGUGUGCCUUGAGCAUUUUGUUCGGAACCACACUUUGUUGCAGAGCUGAUUUAUCGAAAGAUGGUGCAAUAAUAGAAGAUGAUAUCCUCAUGUUGCUCAUCCUUA